AUUUGAAGCAACCUCUAGAGAGGAAAGAAAGCAAAUUAAAAGACAGACAGAGAUAAUAACACUUGAGAGCCACAAAAAUGCUGCUCAGAAAAGCCAUUCACAAGACCAAGAUCUUCUUUCACAAAACCCUUCAAAACCUCAAGUCAUUUCUCUUUGGGGGCUACCAAAAACUCCCCAAAGCUCAUCCUCUCAACCCCCUAUAUUGCAACAACCCAAACAUAGAGCAAUUGGAUCAAUUCUACCAAGACUUCUCUGAGCAGUGGAAGUCUGAUAAUGACAAGGUGGUGAAGACAAGCAAGAAGUCUAUAAAAUCAAGCAAACUGCCGAUGAAUGAGGAAGAUACUUGUAUAGAAGAGCAGCGUGCUCCAAAGAACAAACAUGAAUUAGACAAGAAGAUAGGAAAAAGGGAAGACGGUUAUAUGUUGGCACAGAGGAUGUUGAUGAACGAGUUGGAGAUGAUGGAUAUGAACGAUGAUGUGGAUUAUGUGUUGGACAUAGAAGAGGUGCUACACUACUAUUCACGCCUUACGUGCCCGGUUUACCUUGACAUUGUCGACAAGUUUUUCAUUGAUAUGUCCUCCGAGUUCUUUCAUCGCGGAGACUCAGCCCUCUGAUGCUCUAGACACACUGCAGCCAAUGCUUUCUUCACUGUGCAAUAUGAAUCUACAUUUCUCUCUUCGAUUCCUCUAUGUGUGUCCAUGUGUGACUGUAGUCUGUAUGUCUACAUGAGUGUGGUUCUGUUUUUUCAACUCUGUAAACCUCUCUCUGCUAAUUGCUAGUGGCUUUAGC